AUGACUUUACCAAAUAUUUCCAAUACAAUUUAUCUUCAUACAUUGGCACCUGGUAUCAACACAUUACACUUUCUACAACGGUUAUUAGAACGUAUACAUUUCAUUGAAAAUCUAUCCCUUGGCAUACAAGAUUCAGACAUCUAUGACCCAUUGAUUAUAUCAGGUGAUAUUAUUCAACAACUAUGCAUCGAUCGUCUCAAACCAUCAGCAAAAUAUACUCUGAAUCUAUCGAUCGGUGUUUGGAACGACAUGAAAAAACAACACAAUUUUCAAUUCAUUUUUGGAAACAUCAUUUUCUCGUCGAGAACGACCGAGGGUGUUUAUCCAAGAACAGGAUAG